CUUCUUUUCAUCGUUACAUUAUCGUUGCACGCGCGUACGGCGUUCGCAUUGGCGAGAUAGGCUGCGGAUAAAAUAAUAUUAUCGGCGUUUUUUUAUUGAAUUUUAAUUUUAUUUUACGCGGCGCAAAAACUCAAAGGUCUUCUCCGCUCGUCCGUCCGGCGAAUGAUAGUAUGCGGUCGGUUUUCCUUGGUCGUUACCGCAGUUGUACACCGUUGUCGAUUCGCCGUUAAGGAAAAAAAAAAAAGAAAAAUCGUAGAAAAAAAAUCCAUUCGCGCUUAUCAUCGCAAUACCGUUGCCGUGCGUGAUAUUAUAAAUUUUUUUAUAAUAUAAAAAAAAAUAUAUUUAGCUGUAUUAUUAUUAUUAUUGCUGUAUUCCGAUCCGUUUUGCCGACAAUAUUUCUUAUUAUUAUUGUCACACACACAGUCGCCGCUAAAAACAAACGGUCUUGCGAUUGUCGGCUUGGCGCGCGCACACGGUGAACCGACGCGCACGCAGCACGUUCGCAUAGCGAAUUACCUGUCUUGGUCGCACGCCGAAUAAUCAUUAGCGAUAGAUAGCUGUUGAAAUAGUAUUUUCGUGUGGUUCGUAUCGACCCGGUCGACGGUGUUUGUUGUUGUCGUUGCGCCAUUAGUUUUCUGUUGCGUUUGACCCGGCGGCUAAAAAAAAAUCGCGCAAAAUGUCAGACGAAAAAGUCAUAGGACACCGGUUGCAGAGUUUCAAGCACAGGGGCAAAACCGAAAUGGAAAGACGAAGAAUGAGAAGUGAAGUAACUGUUAGCUUACGAAAAGACAAACAAGAGCAAGAGCUGAUGAAAAGGAGAAAUGUUUCGGAUGUAGUUAACGAUCCAGUAAAUGUUACAGAUGAUUUGGACUUGGAAAAACCAUUGACAGAACACGACCUGCGUUCGUUGGUCGAAGGUGCUGGCAGUAAAAUCCCAGACGUACAACUCAAGGCAAUUCAAUCGGCAAGAAAAUUACUUUCUUCUGACCGUAAUCCGCCCAUUGACGAACUUAUCAAUAGUGAAAUACUUCCAAUAUUGGUUCGGUGUUUAGAAGAACAUAACAAUCCGACUUUGCAAUUUGAAGCUGCGUGGGCAUUGACAAAUAUCGCUAGCGGUACAUCCCUUCAGACCCAAGCAGUUGUUUCGGCCGGAGCUGUUCCGUUGUUUUUAAAUUUACUGAACUCGACAAAUCAAACAGUUUGUGAACAAGCGGUUUGGGCUUUAGGAAAUAUUAUUGGUGACGGUCCCCAACUUCGUGACUAUGUUAUUAGUUUGAGCGUUGUGCCCAGGUUACUUCAUUUCAUCAACCCGACCAUACCAAUUACAUUUAUGCGUAACGUCACGUGGGUUAUUGUAAACUUGUGCCGUAACAAAGACCCUCCUCCGGCUCAACACGUGAUAGACGAACUUCUUCCGGCUCUCAAUUAUUUGAUCAACAACAAAGAUAUCAAUAUUUUGGUCGAUACUGUUUGGGCUAUUAGCUAUUUAACCGAUGGUGGAAAUGAUCAAAUUCAAAAAGUCAUCGACAGCGGAAUCGUGCCCAAUUUAAUUCCGUUGUUGUCACACAAAGAAGUCAAGGUGCAAACUGCGGCGUUACGUGCAAUAGGAAAUAUCGUAACUGGAACCGACGAUCAAACACAAGUAGUUCUUGACGCCGGAGCAUUAUGCCACUUCCCUGCACUGUUAACGCAUUCGAAAGAGAAGAUAUGCAAAGAAGCAGUUUGGUUCCUAUCGAACGUCACUGCCGGCAAUCAAGCGCAAGUACAAGCCGUAAUCGAUGCCGGACUGAUACCGAAAAUAAUAAUGCACCUGUCGAAAAGUGAAUUCCAAACCCAAAAAGAAGCCGCUUGGGCCAUUACCAAUCUGACCAUCAGCGGCAACAGCCAACAAGUAGACACCGUCAUAAAUGCAGGAGUCGUCGCCCCGCUUUGUGCACUUCUGUCCUGCCAGGAUAGUCAAGUCAUUCAAGUCGUGUUGGACGGUAUACAGAAUAUGUUGAAGAUAGCCGGUCCCGAUGUCGACGCGUUGGCCAAUCUAAUUGAAGAAUGUGAAGGACUCGAUAAAAUUGAACAACUACAAAACCAUGAAAGCGUUGAGAUCUACAAAGUUGCUUUUGACAUUAUCGAGAGAUACUUUUCCGAGGAAACUAAUACGCCAACGCAACCGCCAUCUUGCUUUGAAUUCAACGCCGCUAAUGCGAAUAACACUCAAUUUAAAUUUUAAUUUAAUAUUUGUGAAAUAUAUAUAUAUAUAUUUUCCUUUUUUUACGUCAUGUUGGCGAGACUUGUCAAAGUCAAAUCAUAUAACAUUUUGUAACUAUGACUUAAAAGAUAAACCACUGAAGCCAAUUUUUAAACGUUGCUGCUUUACAAUAAAAAAAAAAAAAAAAAACUGAAUUAAAUAAAUAGUAAUUAAUUUUGUUCUCGACGUAAAAAAAAAAACUAUUGAUAAAAUAUAAAAACCGUAACAAAUAAAAACUUUUGCAAUCAACAACAAAGGGGGCCCCCCGUAUUAUUGGGCAAUUUCUUCUUUUUAUUUUUUAUUAUUAUUAAUAUUAUUAGCAGCCAUAUUAUUGUGUAUUUAAUAUUUAUUGUUAUUCGGUUUUUUCUCUUGAAAUUGUCAACAGACCUUUUUAAUAAAGUCAACCAUUAUUUCCUAUACAAACUGUUUAUGUUACAAAUUUGUUACGAAAACUUUGUCGGCCGACAUCGAGUAUUGUACGUGCAUUUUUUUUUUUUUUAUUGUUAUUGUAUCUACGCCAUAAAUAUUUUCCAUUUAAAAACGCGGUUUACGUAAUUAUUACUAACAAUUGUGUUUUUUUUCUUCGAGCGAUCGAUUCAUAACAAAAAAAAAAGUUUGUAAUUGACUUGGAAAAUAAACAAAUAUGAACAUUUUUUUUUUUUUGGUCUGUUUUUAAAAUGUAUUUACCGUAAAAAUACUCGGUGCUCUGCUGUCGAAUGAAAUUACAACAAAAAAAAUCCAUUAACUUUUGCUUUAUUGUCUUUUUACCUCGUUGUUGGUCGAUACAAUUGAAAUUGUAUGCGUUUAUUUACUUGUCGUUUGAACCGAUAAACAACUUUGACUCUACACAUAAAUAUGGUUGUUUGAUUUCAGCAACCUACUAAAAAUAUUUAUAAUUUUUAAAAAAUAAUAAUAAUAAUAAUUACAGAAACUCUAUUCUGCGAAUACCUAUAUCGUUGUACGUGUUCGAAUAAAUCUGAAAUUGAAUUUUA